AUUUUGAACAUCAAUUCAAGCUUCACACAACAACGCCGAGCCCUGCGUCGACCUCUUCUCGUAUCUGUAGUUUGAAUCAACCAGAUCAUGGACGGGAACAUGCUAAAAGGCGCGCCAUUCGGUAAGCCACCGUCCAUACCGAAUCGAGCCGAGUCGCAAUACAACCCACUCCACACAUUUGAGCUACCCAAAGGCACCGAGAAGAACUAUGCACACCAAUUCGCCGACAUGUAUUUCCUGCGGCUGGCGCAACUGAAGAAGGCUGUCAUGCAGAAGGCGCACGAGGCAUGGGAUGACUUCGAGCUGGGAGGAGAGAGGGCCACAUUCGUCGAGCGUGUGCUUGACGUACGGCAAGGCGAGCUCUGCUGGAUUGUCGGCACGGUAUACAUGGAGAUGGCUCUGAAGCCCAACGUCCUGGACGACAUAUCGAAGGAGCAUUGGAUCGCCGCCCCGCCGCCGCGCGAGACCUAUGUCUCUGGCACACAGGACGAGAUGAUGCUCGAGGAUGAGUCGGGUCGCCUGCGUGUCACUGGCGAGAGCCUAAACUCGACUUACGUGACCGGCUGUGUGCUCGCAGCGCUCGGGACAGAGCAAGCAGACGGCGCAUUUCAGGUCAUUGCGACACAGUACGCAGAUCUUCCACGGCAGCCUGAGCGGUGGGAGCGCGAUGAUGCAGCUUUGGCAAAAGCGAAGAAGACAACGCCGAAGCGCGGGAAAUCUGGCAAGAUUGCGAUUGUGUCUGGCCUUGAGAUCACAGGAACAGACGACGACGAUCUCACCCUUGAGCUGCUGGUCGAGUACCUCACAGGCGAAGCGACAGGGCCGCCGACACAGACUGGAGCAAGCUCAGUAUCGCGCCUGAUAAUCGCCGGCGACUCGCUGGCACGCGCAAGCCCCAUCCUCUCCCGCGAAGACUUCGCCGAAAAGAAGAGCAAAAAGCACAACUACGGCUACGACGCGUCGGCCUACAACGCCUCACCCGCCGAACGCCUCGACGAGCUACUCUCCGACAUCCUCCCCACGCUCCCCAUCACCCUCCUCCCCGGCGCCAACGACCCCGCCAACGUCGCCCUCCCCCAACAACCCCUGCACCCCGCGCUCUUCCCCAAAAGCCGCCUGUACGCCGAGCCCCCCGCCAAAACAAACGAAACCCUGCACGGCCUCGACGCCGUCACAAACCCCUGGGCCGGCGACAUCGACGGCGUCCGCGUCCUCGGCACCGGCGGCCAGACCGUCGCCGACCUGCUCAAAUACGUCGACGACGUCGCCGCCCUCGACGUCAUGGAGAUGAUGCUGCGCUGGCGCUGCAUCGCGCCCACGGCCCCGGACACGCUGUGGUGCUAUCCCUUCCAGGACGCGGAUCCGCUGCUCUUGCGCGACUGUCCGCACGUGUACUUUGCGGGCUGCCAGGCAAGGUUCGGGACGAAGCGGAUUGAGGGGCCGGAGGGCCAGAGCGUGUUGUUGGUUAGUGUGCCGCGGUUCAGGGAGACGGGGGAGUUGGUGCUUGUGGAUCUUGAGAGCGGGGAGGUGGAGGUUGUUGAGAUUGGGGUUGUGGAGCCGGGGGAGUAG